UAAAUCCGAGCCCUUCAAGAAUAUUUCGUAGCUAUACAAUCCGAACGAAACAAACAAGCAAAGGAAAUGGUUAGGUACUGUCCGUGCCGAGUCGGUCUCUGCCAUACCGUGUUGUGUGGGUCCUUGGCAAGCUAAUCCGCAACGAGCGAGCGAAGUAAAAUUCAGGUGGGCCGAGGAAGCACGGAGCCGAGCCGAUGUUGGUUCGGGUAAAGCUGGGUAUAAACCGUGCCGCUCCGAGUGGAGCCUAACGGACCGGUCCUCACUUUGUAACCCUUGCGGGGAAUGAGGGGUGCGCGAUGUGGGAGCGAAGAGGCGAACCGAGUGGCUGAUGCCUGAACUGAAACUCAGUAAGGCGACUGCAUGGCGCUCGAGGAACACGGCUGUGUAAUUGUGACAUGGUGCAGCCGGCUCUAACAGGCGGCUAUGGCUUCUGGCUAACUUGAACAACAAUGUGGCGUGACGUUCAGAGCCCUGCCAUGAUGGGGCUCCAAGUUACUGCGAGUAAACGUAAACUGGAAGAUAACGGCAAAGGACAACAGGCUCCGCAGCCGGCCAAAGUGGGCCGCACAGAAGAGACUGUACGUGAAGCUGUGUUGGAUGUAGCCCCCACACCUGACCUGGAUGACUGGAGGGUAGACAGUACCAGCUCUGUGUUAGCCACUACUCUACUAGGCAGUUCUUCUGAGGCCGAACUCAUCGAGGAUGAUGAUGAAGAUGAUGAUGAGGAUGAAGAAGAUGAUGAAGAAGAAGAAGAAGAAGAAGAGGAGAAAGGAGGAAAGUACUUGCCUGCAGGACGAGGUUAUCAUUGUGUUCGCUAUAGUGGGGACAGUACAGAGGUAGGGUCAGCGUGCUAUUCUCAUCCUGUAGAACUGAAACCGAUGGGUUACUAUGGCACAGCUGAAGAUCAGGGAGGGUAUUCUGGCAGUGCUUCUCCAGCACAGUAUGGUUCCAGGCAGCAACACUACCAGUCGAGGAGUGUGUCACAGUAUUGGGGACCCCAGGGUGGAAGUGAUGGUGGAAAUGGGGCAGAGUACUAUGGCCAGAAUGCAAGUUCCCAGCAGACAAUUCGUUGCGAUGAAAAUGGGAAGUCAUACCUGGACCUUGGUAGUUCAAGUGCAAGGUAUGUGAGUGGUGCUAACAGUACAAGUGCUAGUAACAGUGGUGCAUCAAACUUAAAGUGCUGUGAUGGCAGUCGGACUAACUGGUGUAGUCAGGGACCAAACACAGCAUGCUAUCGCCAGAGACGACUUGCAGUGCUCAACAUCUCAAUGUGCAAGCUGGGUAGGUAUAGACAGUUUCCAGACCCCAGCCUCCAUCGAUCUGUACUCAUAUGCAACACACUGAGGUACAUUGAACGUGAGAUGGAGCAAGAAGGAUUUUUCUUCAACAACGCUACAGGCACAGUUCAGGCACCUGUGCCGCCCCCACCACCACCCACCCCAACACCCCAUCCGGCAGUGGAUCCAGAUCCGAGCUACCAUCACCCUCAGUUCCCUGAAGUGCCUACUUCCAACAUGAACUACCCUCCAUCUAAUACAGCAUACCGUUCUCUGAACCCCUGUCCUGAGAUUGUUCCUCAAUAUGAGCAGAACUUGCGAGACCUUUCAACAUCAGGACGGGCAACUCCGUUUCCCACUUCUGUUCAUCCGAGCUAUGAAACUGACUCAGGAGUAGGGGAUGAAGAGUCGGGAAGAGGCAUCAACUGGGGCUCUGUCCUAAGCCUCUCAAGUCAGUCAGACCUGGACCCACUUAACAACAACGAGCUGUAUCCUUCAUCCCCUUCUCAUUCAUCAGCCUCCUCCUCUUCCUCAUCAUCAUCCUCAUCGUCGUCAUCCUCAUCCUCAUCAUCGUCGUCGUCUUCAUUGUCAUCACUUCCUGGGCUAGGUCCGAAUGAAUCUUCUAGCUCCUUCGGACUGCUGGGAGAUAUGGACCUAGGUCAUGAGUUUGAUGACUUUCUUCCCAGCUGGAAACUGACACCGCUCAGUGCCGAUGACAUACUCAAGUCCGUCCCUUCCUCGGAGUUUUCAGGACGGCAAGGGGAAGGAGAGCUGGACAGCAUCAUGCAUGUGCUGGUUGGGACAUAAUGAGAAAUUUCAGGACAGGCAGCACAGACUUGAUAUCACUGAUGUGAUCAAACUUGUUGAAAAGUUUGUUGCCUGUCUUGACUUCUCUGAUCAGUCAGUGAUGGUUGCAUGUGAUUCGUCCAAGCAAACGUUGGGUACCAGCAUCAUGAGGUUACCGGUUGGUUGUUUUGUUUAUUGAUCUUAAUGUGCUCAGGUUGUGAAGGGCUGUCCGAGGGUGGAGAAAGUGCGCACAUUUGAAAUCCGACUUGACAGUCUAUGGUCCUUUACAUAAAAUUAAGCUGAAAAUUAUUACUUAGUCCCAGACCAUAUGGUGGAUAUUUUAACCCUCUCCGACACUUUAAAUUUCACAGUAACGCUGCGGUGAUUGCUUUGCAUGAGCAGGAUAAGGUAUCAUUGAAAUGAGCCACAGGAAUUGCAAUUUAGACAUUGUAUUUUUUUAAUUAGUACCAAGAUGUAUUAAUGGUUCAUUGUUCUGUUAUUUUGAAUUCUUAGUAGGCCUACAGGAAAUACUAGCAUGCUGCUCCACAUAUACUUCAUGUAGUAACUAGUUCUCCAAAUAAAUAUAAUACCCAAAGUCAAGUCCAUAGUUCAUUGCUGGUGCAAAAUCAACUUGAUUCAUAUAUUCUCUACAUUUUUCAGUGCAACAUACUGCUCAAAUCAUUGCUAAGCAUGCUCAAAGACAUUAUUAUUGAACUUCUAAGGAUUUAAUUAAAUUAAGGUUGUCCUAUGUUGCCAUGGAUUUUCUUAAGUGACUGUUGCCAUAUAUAAUUUUUCCCUAAUAACUACAGUACUUAUCAUCAUGUUCUUCUUUCCUCUUGCUGUAUAUUUACAUUAGCAUUUUUAAAAUAUCAAAGAAUAUAUUUUUGAAGAUACAUAAGGUGCACUAAGAGAUUUCACUAUUGAUUUCUGUCAUCAUGCAAGUGAUUUUUUCUCGAAAGUUCACAGAAAGGCAACUUAUCAAAGUGCUCAUAUAGAUGUUGCUAGUAUGUACAAGGAUUUUUAUUCCUUGCUGUGAAGUAGGCCUUGAGCCCAUUGUAAGUGGCAUUGUGACAAACCUGAGUGACAAAUCAUGUCCAUCUGUAAAUAGAUCAUGGAAUAUUUCAUACUGUUCAGGACAGAUAAUUUCCCUUUUUCUAGAAUGUUGAUCUGAACUCAUAUCCCCUUGGGCACUUUCACACUUGGUAUGAAGACAUCUCAAUAUGCAAUCAUGAUAGUCACAGUAUACUCGUACUUCUGUUUGGAUUUCACAAUAACUCCCAAUUUCCAAAUUCUGGCCAUCUGCAUGUUUCCAUAGUUCCUAAUUAAGAAAUAAAUAGGUCUGUCAUAAAUGGCAAUUUUCUCUCAGAUUAAGGGACUUCACAGAUUUGAAGUAUGCCUGACACAAGUCGGAUUGAUUUAACUUGCACAGAACUGAAUAUCAUUUGCUACACUUAACCAUUACUGAAAUAAAAAUUGUUUGCUGACAUAUUUUUAAUUUUUUAGAUGCACACUGAGUACUAUAAUUGUAUAUCUGAUAAACAGAAUUUGGCAUGGUAAUAUAAUGAAACUACUGCUUUUGUAACCACAGUAAUGAUGCUUCAGGUUCCAUAAAAGCCAAACAAUUUCUUAAGUAGCUCAGCAAAUAUUGGUUUCUCAGGAAGGAGUCUACUCCACUGAAUUAGUUAGUUGGUUAAUGUUAUGGAACUACUAGUUAUAGUCUAGACAAAGAAAAACUUAUUGCUGCUCGAUUAUCUGACCUUACAACCUUCUCAAAAGAAAUGCAUGAUUUUACAAUGACUGAACACAGAUUCAAUUUUCUUGACUUUACGUUGUACUCCAGAAUGAUACUGAGUGCACACAUUUUUAAAUGGAGUUUUCAACAUUUUUUAAAUUGAAAUUAGGAAAUAAUAAUAAUGAUUUAAUUUUAUUAUUUAUUUUUCUGUCACUUUCUAAAUAGGCGAAUUAUGAUUAUCAGUUCAUUGUACUCGUAUGUACAACAUGCUCUCUGAAUUACUUUAGUGUGUAGGUCUUAAAAUUCAGUUUUUCCACAAUACUAUGAUAAAAUUAUUAAUAGUUACACCUGGAAUGUGAUAUCUAUUACAGAAAGAUAAAUAUGUUUGACUUAUUUUCCCCCCCACAUUUUGUUCUUUAACUUGUUGGAUGGUAGAAGGAGGCAAAUGUAGUUAAGAUUCUAAACAGUAUGAAAUACUCCUUCACUAACUGAAGGUUCACCAGAGAAGUAUGGGAUUUUUGUAGUUAUGAAUCUAAAUUGGAAUUAGAAUGCUUUCUUUGAGAUGUGGCUGUGUGGAUGAGAUAUGAAUUCCACAUUUUCAGGCUGACUUAUCCCCGGACUUGUGUAUCUGCUGAACCAUCAGUGUAAAUAAUACUCGCUACAAAGUGAGUAGGUGUAAAGUAGGUAUUUUGUAAAAUAAACAAGAGGUAUUCCUUUAUAUUAUGGUUUUGAUAGCCACAAGGACAUUAUUUAAAAUUGAUGCUCUGUCCCCUGGAUCACCCACUGUAAAUAACAUAUUAUAUGAAGGAUUGUAUAAUGUACAUAGUAAGAAAAAUGUGAUUUAUCUAUAUACAUAUAUUUUGAAAUCAUUCAGGAGGAAACUUCCCAAUAAAUAUAAUUAUUAUAUAACAAUAUUAAUAUUUUGAUUAUCAAAUAAAGUCUAGUCCGAUAAUGUUCCACUGAAGGUGGGCAUUGUGGUUGAUUCAGGAAACUUAAAUUGUCAUCAGUGUUGCAAGUGUCCUUUUGGCUGUCAUUUUAAUUAUUAUAUAGCAUUAAAAAUUAUAUAUAAUAAAUAAAAAUGUCACAAUUUUACAAGUAGCUGAUUUAUGUAGCUCAGGAUACCAUUAUGAAUGUUUCACAAUAUGUCACCCACAAACUGGUUCACUGUGGACCAGUUCAUUUCUCCAGCGAGAAAAGUAGAUAUUAAUUGGCACAGAUGAUUAAACAGCAUGCACAUAAUGGUAUGCAGUAUUUCCAUGGGACUUGGAGAAACUGUUUACAAAUAACUUAAUUUCUAUAUGAUCUCAGAAACAUCUUCUCAGUUCCCACACUCUGGCUUGUACACAAGAACAUGCACAAAACCUUUGGAAAAAUAAUCAUCUCACAGAGUUUAACAAAGCUUCUAACUGCCAAAGUAAUUGGUUGUGAUAUUCGUUGGAGAAAUGAUGUGGUCAAUGCGGCGUUGCCAGUUCCCUCUGAUGGACAAUUUGAAAAUUAUUGUGCUGUGAUAUUAUGUACAAUUCUGUUACAUCUAACACAUUGGCUGCUAAUGUUAGUUAAUAUGUCAAAAUCUAUAACCAUACAAGAGAAAGUGAAGAGAAUGCAAUAACUAUAGUCCACAUGCUACUCAAAUUGUUAAUAUUUUAGAUGAAAGAAAAUAUCUUGGAUUAUAUAAUUACUGUCAGUGCUUCAUUGGUUAUCUUACAAAUUGUCAUCAAUACAUGAUUGGCACAACUGUGUGAAAAAAUUAUUGCAUGAAUUGAAAUGCAAUUUACUACAAAUGUACCAUGACACUUGCAUAUAUGGUGGCCUGUAUUCUAAAUGGUAAUUGGUGUGAAGUUGAAACAGAAUAAACAACAUACUACCAUUUUCAUGCAAUUGAUAUUGCUUCAUGGUGUUGAUGGGUCCUGAAACUUAUCAUCAAGCCAUUAAACUGUUAUCCCUCUGAUCUGUCUGUUGGAAAUGAAACAAGGAUAGAUUGCGUUGGAUGUCAUUCUGAAAGUUCAACAAGUGAAAGGAAGACUCCAGUGAUUGAAAAAAUGGAACCCUGUGUUUCAAUGUUACUCGUAUACAUCAUCCACCAUCUACAAUACUUCUGCUAUACAUGUGAUGUUUAGGCAAAUUUAGUACUAAUUCUUAUGUCUUAUGUGUGAAAUUCAUGGCCAGAUUGUGUUUAAUACUUUCAAAAUUACAGACAGUUUGGUCAUGCCAAUGCCACACCUGACCAGAUUCAAAUUAUGGAACAAUAAUGUACAAUCAUUAGUACUAAUGUAUGGGGAAAAAAAUUGUUAUUUUCAUGUCCUUUUUAUAUUUAAAAUCCAAAACAAAAAAAAAAUGAUUAAAGUUGAUCAGUUUCUAUAACAAUGUGACCAAACUUGUUGAGGCUGUCUGUUAAUUGUAUAGAAAUACAGCAAAAUUACAGAAUUAGAAUUUUAGCUGUUUCUAAGACAAAUUCUGAUGGUGUGUUUAAGAGGAACAACUGUUGAAUGAACACAUGGACAACAACAAAACAUUUUAAGUAUGAAAUUUUCAGCCUCAACAGAAAUGUCACAUCACUGCCCUGGCCCACCUAUCUGUUGUGUUUCUGAAUACCCUUUCUAUUAAUGGUAUCCUGGUUGAGGGGCCAUCCUGUUUUUGAAAUUAACUUGUAGAAAUGAUUUGUCUGUCUGAAAUCUUCGUAGAGAACUCAUUAUGUUAGCAGUUCUACUACUAUUUAUGUCAGGGAUGCAAACAAUGAGGCACUUACAUUUUAUUGUUUUCUUAUGUAACAUUGCCCAGUUGUGUUGACUUGUACAUUAGCAUUUCUUAUGCCCACAAUUUGUAACUACUUCAGUUUUGUCUUCCAGUCACCAUACGACUUGUGGCAUGCAAGAAAUUUCCAUAUCGCUGAGUGUAAUUUUUGCACAUCAUAGUUUCUAUUUUAUUUAUUGAAAAAUGUAUAUAAUUUAUGUUCAAAUGAAAGAUGGAGUGUACUGAACAUUAGCAAAAGCUGCUCUUUUUUGAUCCAUUUGCAUAAGUAUCAUCUUAUGGUACUAAAGUGACUAUAUUCACAGCUAUUAUUUAUGGAAGACAUUGCUUGGUGUCUGUUAUUGCACUGAAUGUCUGCCCACAAAUUUUUUUUAAGGGUUUGUAAGCAUGAACAUUUAGUUUGCAUUCCUGAUUUAUUAUUAUAAUAAUUAUAUCAUAUUUUACAGAAUGGACUAUAACGAUUAAAAUUUGAUCCAAAAUUAUGUAAAUCAAAACUUUUUCCACCCAAUGUUGAUUCCAAUGACAGGAUGCGAAAGAAACAAUGGCAUUAAUGUACAAAAAUGUUUGUAUAUUUUCAAAGCCAAAGAUAUUUUAUUGGAUUAGGGAGAGCGGCAACUAACGUAAAUGAUACUGUGCUUUAUAAAUAAUUAAUAGUUUAUAUUGAUCUAGGUAGAUGUAUUUAUUCAAAUGCUGUGAAUAGAUACAUGUUACGUCCUUGUACAGAACCAGAAACAAAAGCAAUGAGCAAUAAACAAUGGUUUCCAAAAUAAUAUGGUUUAUAAUUCU